AUGCACUACUCAAAGUGGCUGAUUGACAUUAAAAACCGUGCAGCUCUGCGAAAUCCCCGCAACACACCCGGGAAUAGCGAGUCUUCCAGCGGGGACAGCGUGGAGGAUGAGCCCGGCGACUGCAACCACUGCCAGUGUCACGGCAUCAAACCCGAGCUGACCAAACACCUCUGGAACGAAGCGAAAGGAGCCGGGAGAGCGGUCUGGAGUUUCGGGUUCCUUCGCAGGUCAGCGCGGAGGGCGAUGGCGUGCUCCGUUACCAAGGCAACGGGCAGCUAA